AUGCAGGGUGAGAAGACUCCUAGAACUGGAGGCAUUGGCGUGAAAAGACCAGGCCCAAGCCUACGAGUUUUCAAGAUCACGCUUUUAAAGGAAAGAGAUAACAUGUUGGGAAUUUUAGGCAGAAAGACUGCUGGUCUUUCUCCGGCUAUGAGAAUACGUCCGGGCGUCGGCGUUGAGAUUUAUUCGUCUGCAGCUAAGAGGCAUGCUGUUUUACCUCCUAAAAUAACUGAAUUAUUGAUUUUGUGGAGGCAGAUCAAUGUUGGGGAAUAUCAGGGUGCUUACAGUUUAGACUUUCUUCUUGAGCAGAUAAUCUUUAUUCUCUGUGUUUUUUCAAGGCCAGCAAUAUAUCCAAGGGCUUUUGGACAGCUGGUUUCACUGGAUUGGAGUUGGGCUGCUUACUAUGGUCUCAAGCCUGUUUGGGAGUUUAUGACGUUUAACUUCGCCAUGCAGCUUGGUAGCCUCUUGCCCUGGUUGAAAGUACUGUCUCCGUAUAGUUCAGAAGAUGCCCGUGGACUGCUAAAAGCCGCUAUAAGGGAUCCCGAUCCUGUGUUUUCUUUCCUCGAAAAUGAGUUGCUGUAA